GGUGAUGAGUGACGUAACAGACGUCCUAUAAAUUUCAGCUCCGCCCAAACGGAGCGUUCACAAGCGGCCGGCAGACUUAUAGCUUGCUGAGGUGUGUGUAGCGCCUGAUCGACCCUUUUUUCCUCUUCGUACCAUCUCCGUUUUCGCUAACAGGUCAAAAUGCAGAUCUUCGUGAAGACCCUGACCGGCAAGACCAUCACCCUGGAAGUGGAGCCCAGUGACACCAUCGAGAAUGUGAAGGCCAAGAUCCAGGAUAAGGAGGGCAUCCCCCCUGACCAGCAGAGGCUCAUCUUCGCUGGCAAGCAGCUGGAAGACGGCCGCACUCUUUCCGACUACAAUAUCCAGAAGGAGUCGACCCUGCACCUGGUCCUCCGCCUGAGGGGUGGCAUGCAGAUCUUCGUGAAGACCCUGACCGGCAAGACCAUCACCCUGGAAGUGGAGCCCAGCGACACCAUCGAGAAUGUGAAGGCCAAGAUUCAGGAUAAGGAGGGCAUCCCCCCCGACCAGCAGAGGCUCAUCUUCGCUGGCAAGCAGCUGGAAGACGGCCGCACUCUUUCCGACUACAACAUCCAGAAGGAGUCGACCCUGCACCUGGUCCUCCGCCUGAGGGGUGGCAUGCAGAUCUUCGUGAAGACCCUGACCGGCAAGACCAUCACCCUGGAAGUGGAGCCCAGCGACACCAUCGAGAAUGUGAAGGCCAAGAUUCAGGAUAAGGAGGGCAUCCCCCCCGACCAGCAGAGGCUCAUCUUCGCUGGCAAGCAGCUGGAAGACGGCCGCACUCUUUCCGACUACAACAUCCAGAAGGAGUCGACCCUGCACCUGGUCCUCCGCCUGAGGGGUGGCAUGCAGAUCUUCGUGAAGACCCUGACUGGCAAGACCAUCACCCUGGAAGUGGAGCCCAGCGACACCAUCGAGAAUGUGAAGGCCAAGAUCCAGGAUAAGGAGGGCAUCCCCCCUGACCAGCAGAGGCUCAUCUUCGCUGGCAAGCAGCUGGAAGACGGCCGCACUCUUUCCGACUACAACAUCCAGAAGGAGUCGACCCUGCACCUGGUCCUCCGCCUGAGGGGUGGCAUGCAGAUCUUCGUGAAGACCCUGACCGGCAAGACCAUCACCCUGGAAGUGGAGCCCAGCGACACCAUCGAGAAUGUGAAGGCCAAGAUUCAGGAUAAGGAGGGCAUCCCCCCCGACCAGCAGAGGCUCAUCUUCGCUGGCAAGCAGCUGGAAGACGGCCGCACUCUUUCCGACUACAACAUCCAGAAGGAGUCGACCCUGCACCUGGUCCUCCGCCUGAGGGGUGGCAUGCAGAUCUUCGUGAAGACCCUGACCGGCAAGACCAUCACCCUGGAAGUGGAGCCCAGCGACACCAUCGAGAAUGUGAAGGCCAAGAUUCAGGAUAAGGAGGGCAUCCCCCCCGACCAGCAGAGGCUCAUCUUCGCUGGCAAGCAGCUGGAAGACGGCCGCACUCUUUCCGACUACAACAUCCAGAAGGAGUCGACCCUGCACCUGGUCCUCCGCCUGAGGGGUGGUUGUUAAUUUUUCAGUCCUGCACUUAAUAGUGCCUAAUAAUGGCAUUUACUCUGCACUCUAGCCAUUUGUCCCAAUUUAAGUUGAGAAGUUUCCAAUUUCAGUAAUAACUAAACCUGUUCAAAAUGUUAAUAAAGGUUUUGUUGCAUGGUAGCAUA